UCACGCUUUAUUCCAAGCAUCCAAGCGCCUUCAUUACAGUUCAGCUUAUGGCGGACGAUUCCCCCAAGAAGAACAUCCUCCAGCACCGCUUUCUCCAGGUUCUCUCCUAUUCCAAUCUCAACUUUGUUCUUGUUUUCACUCCGAUUCCUGAACUAAUUCAUUUAUCCCUGCGCUGAACCCUGAUGAUUGCGUUAAUUACUACCGACGCUACAGAGUAACUAACAUAAUCCUUCAAUUCUGAUUACGUUGAUUACUCGCGAUUACGCCACAGAUUAAUUAAACUCAACCAUCCUUGAAAUUCAAUCAAGAGCUAUUUAAUUUGAAAAGAAAAAUGACUGACGUUAAUUUCGAAGUUGAAACACAUGAAUUUGAUUGCAGUAUAUACUCGAAGGCAACGCCUAUCCUAGAGAGCACGAACAGUUGAAGAAACUCAGGGAAUCCACCUUCGAGAAGUUUGACAAGCGCAGGAGUUUGAUGAUUGUACCAGCAGAUGAAGGAUUGUUUCUAUCAAUGCUUUUGAAAUUGAUGAACGCAAAGAAAACUAUAGAGAUCGGUGUAUUCACUGGCUAUUCGCUCCUCACCACGGCACUUGCACUGCCCGCCGAUGGCCAGAUAACAGCAAUUGAUGUGAAUAGACAAUCAUUCGAAUUUGGUUUGCCAUUUAUGAAAAAGGCAGGAGUUGAUCAUAAGAUCAAUUUUGUGGAAUCUGAAGCAUUGGUUGCCCUAAAUGACCUCCUCAAUGAUGGCAAAGAAGAAGAGUUUGAUUUUGCAUUUGUUGAUGCCAAAAAAUCAGAAUACAUUAAAUAUCACGAGUUGCUUCUAAAACUAGUGAAGGUAGGUGGAGUAAUUGCCUAUGAUAACACUUUGUGGUUUGGAUCAGUGGCACUAAGCGAUGAUGACGUUCAUGAAGAUUUGAAGGAGAACAAAACUCAUCUGCAACAACUCAAUGCUUUUCUAGUAAAUGACAUGCGGGUGGAGAUAGCUAUCAUCUCCAUUGGAGAUGGUGUCACUCUUUGCCGACGUAUCAAAUAAUUUAAGCUUUGAAUGUUUCAACGCUAUGGUGUCACUCUUUGCCAACGAAUAUUGCUCCUUGGUUCUUAUUUUAUUACAUUGUCAUUGUCAACGAGAAAUAAUUAAUACUUCACAAUUAUUAUACUUCAUUAGUAGUUAAAAGUCUUUUCAUUGUACCUCGAAAAAAUUUAAUUAUAUUUAUGGACAAUUAUUAUACUUUCAUUAGUAGUUAAAAGUCUUUCCCUCAAUUUC